GGGGACUCGCCAUGGGGCUUUGAACAUAAAUGGUUUAAAAUAUUAAUGUUGAAUAAGUGAACUGAGUGAACUGAUACCUCCCCUGCUGGGACAUGUCCUUACAGAAACUCAUGGAGCCAGAAGCUGGGACCAAUAGGACAGCUGUUGCUGAGUUCAUUCUACUGGGCCUAGUGCAAACAGAAGAGAUGCAGCCAGUUGUCUUUGUGCUCUUCCUCUUUGCCUAUCUGGUCACAAUUGGGGGCAACCUCAGCAUCCUGGCAGCCAUCUUGGUGGAGCCCAAACUCCACGCCCCCAUGUACUUCUUCCUGGGGAACCUAUCAGUGCUGGAUGUCGGAUGUGUCACUGUCACUGUUCCUGCAAUGUUGGGUCGUCUCUUGUCCCACAAGUCCACAAUUUCCUAUGACGCCUGCCUCUCCCAGCUCUUCUUCUUCCACCUUCUGGCUGGGAUGGACUGCUUCCUGCUGACCGCCAUGGCCUAUGACCGAUUCCUGGCCAUCUGCCGGCCCCUCACCUACAGCACCCGCAUGAGUCAGACAGUCCAGAGGAUGUUGGUGGCUGCGUCCUGGGCUUGUGCUUUCACCAACGCACUGACCCACACUGUGGCCAUGUCCACACUCAACUUCUGUGGCCCCAACGAGGUCAAUCACUUCUACUGUGACCUCCCACAGCUUUUCCAGCUCUCCUGCUCCAGCAGACUCAAUGAGCUGCUGCUCUUUGCUGUGGGUUUCAUCAUGGCAGGCACACCUGUGGUUCUCAUCAUCACCUCCUACAGCCACGUGGCAGCUGCAGUUCUACGAAUCCGUUCAGUGGAGGGCCCGAAGAAGGCCUUCUUCACUUGUGGCUCCCACCUCACCGUGGUUUGUCUUUUCUUUGGAACAGGUAUCUUCAACUACAUGAGACUGGGUUCAGAGGAGGCUUCAGACAAGGAUAAAGGGGUUGGAGUUUUCAACACUGUUAUCAACCCUAUGCUGAACCCUCUUAUCUACAGCCUCAGAAACCCUGAUGUUCAGGGUGCUCUGUGGCGAAUAUUUUUGGGGAGGAGAUCACUGACCUGAGAGGUAAUGGGGUCCCUCCUUUCCUGCCUUUUCUGGACUGAGAAAAUUUUCCCAUGAAGACAGUAACCAGGAAAAAUUCAGCCGCAACUA